AUGGGUAAAAAAAGGAAAUUUGCUGCAAAUAACGAUGAUUUUGAAUUUGAUCCUAUUCCUCGGCAUUUAGUUACAUCGCACAUUAAGAAACAAGAGAAACGUCUCAUAGUUAUUUUGGAAAAUGCACAAUUAGAAACAGUAAAGGCUGGAAAUAGUUUUGAGCUUUUAAACUGUGAUGAUCAUGCACAUAUCUUGAGAAAAAAUGAUAGAGAUCCUGGAUCUUGCCGUCCUGAUAUUACUCAUCAGUCACUUCUUAUGUUGAUGGAUUCACCACUCAACAGAGCAGGGUUAUUACAGGUCUAUAUACAUACAGAAAAAAAUGUGCUUAUAGAAAUUAAUCCACAGACAAGGAUACCACGAACUUUUAAAAGAUUUGCUGGUCUCAUAGUACAACUUCUACAUAAAUUUGCAAUCCGAGCAUCUGAUGGUCCUAUGAAGUUAUUGAAAGUUAUUAAAAAUCCAAUAACCUCACAUUUACCUGUUGGUGCAAAAAAAGUUACUAUGUCAUUUAGCUCAAAAGUUGUCCAGAACUGUAGAGAUUUAGUACCUAAAGAUGAACCUAUUGUUCUCAUAAUUGGGGCCAUGGCCCAUGGAAAAGUUGAAGUGGACUACAGUGAAGAUGUUGUAUCUAUAAGUAAUUACCCCCUGUCAGCAGCUUUGGCUUGUGCCAAGCUAUGUUCAGCAUUUGAAGAAGUUUGGGGGGUUGUU